AACAUCGCCAAGAACACGGACUGGGUGCGCCAGAACUGGAGCGAGGACGCCACCAUUGCCCGCGGCAGCUACGGCGAGAUGAUGAAUGUUGACAACGCGGUGUCGUCGGAGGGGGACGGCCUGCAAAUCACGGUCGUGGGAGGCUCGGAGACGGAUGGGGAUGUCCAAGGGGGUGAGGUGGACAGCGCGCGGCUGGACGUGUCGUAUGGGACGUUUAGGAGCAGCAUGAAGCUGACGGGGAUCGCGGGGACCGUGUCGGCUUUCUUCUGGUACUACAACGACACGCAAGAGAUCGACAUUGAGUUUCUCUCCAAGCAGUUUGAGACCUCCAACGCCAGCUACCCAGUUAACCUCGUGCUGCAGUCCGACGCCUCGGCCGAGGCAAACUACAACGCCGCGCACACAAACACGUACCAGGUCAUCUACCUUCCAUUCGACCCGCGGGCCGACUUCCAUGAGUACCGCAUCGACUGGGUCCCCGGCCGCGUCCUCUUCUACGCGGACGGCAGCGUACUCGCCGAAAUGGACGACCCUGCAGCCGUGCCCACGCAUGCAGGCCACCUCGCCGUCAGCCAGUGGAGUAACGGCAACCCGGAGUGGUCUGGUGGGCCCCCCGCCAGCGACGCCGUGCUCGAGAUCGGGUACGUCAAGGCGUACUUUAAUAGCAGCGAUGCCAGCCGCCAGAAGGACUUUGCGGCACGGUGUGCUGACCCAAGCUCGACGGGCGCCGUGUGCGACAUCCCGGAUGUCACCGCCACGAACUCCUCCGCUGCAGGAUGGUUCUUCUCGGGCCAGAAGAAUAUGACGUCUAACCAGACGGUG